GCACAAGGCUCUUUGGCGCUUGCUUCUUUUCUCUCUCUCACCACCCCUCCUCUUCCCCCACAGCAGCACACGUAGAGCGUCUCAAGCCGUCUGCCUGCGCUCCAUCAAACGGGCACGCUCUUCUUCCUCUUCGGCCACUUGCCACUCUCGGGGUCUUCAGUUGUCAGGCGCGCAGCUCGGCGCGCAGCUUCUUUCGUUGCGCUUCCCGCCCUUGCGUGCUGCAACUGGCGCAGCCAUGUCGUCGCCCUUGACGCCCUCCAAGCUGCCCUCGCUGCCGCCGGGGUAUCCCUCGCUGCACUCGCUGCUGCUCACGCUGCCUCCGUGGUUCCUCCUCCUCUCGCUCAUCUUCGGCGGCUGCUGUUCCAACGCCUACUUUCUCGAGCGCACCACGUCCAUCCAACCCUCCUGCGGGACCCUUCUCACUUUCCUCCACUUCCUCGUCACCGCCCUCGUCUCUCUUCCCGGACAGCUGUCGCUCGACUCGGGGUGGCCGCGAGUGCGGCAGCCCAAGGUGCCCCUGAGACGAUGGGCCGUACAGGUGGCGCUGUACUACGCCAGCAGUCUGCUCAACAACUCGGCGUUCGCAUACGCCGUGCCCAUGCCCGUACACAUCAUCUUCCGCAGCGGCGGCCUCGUCGUCAACAUGCUCACCGGCGCGGCCGUCAAGCGCAGACGCACGUUUGGCAUGUACGGCUCGCAGCACUGGCGCGAGGCCCUCUUCUACUCGCACGCCCUCUCGCUGCCCCUCUUUCUCGCCUCGCUGCCGCAGCUGCGCGCCGAGUGGCGCGCGGCGCUGCACACGCCGCAAAUGUGGCUCGGCUGGGGAGCGCCGGCGCCUGGCGUGGCGACGCCGGGCGGACAGCUCGACUUGCGCGCCGUCGCGUUCGGCUCGACAAUAUCGCAGCGCAGCGGCGGAGGCGUCGGCAGCGGCGUGCUGCUGCCCUCGCUCCUCGCACCCCUCGCGCUCAACGUCGCCACGCAGCUGCUCUGCAUCAACGGCGUCAAUCGCCUCACGGCGCGCGUCAGCAGUCUCACCGUGACGCUCGUGCUCGUGGUGCGCAAGGCCGCCUCGCUCGCCAUCUCCCUGCUUCUCGUGGGCGGCGCCAGCGCCCGCGGCGCAAACACACGCCAGCUGGCCGCGGGCGCCGCGGCCGUGCUGCUGGGCACCGUCGGCUAUACGCUCGGUGCGGGAAAGGGAGGAGGCGACAAGGAAGACGGCAAGCGCGAGAAGGAGAAGAAGGAGCAGUAG